UCGGAGUGAACUAAGCAGAGUGGGUCCUCACUCAGAAGGUUCUCAGGUGACAGAGACGUGGCUUCUUAGAGGAACUCAGGAAAUACAGUCGGGAUGGACUGUAGAGUUAAGGCAGGGAAUGGUGGGACAAGAGCUGCAGCCAGAUGUUUGGCCACUUGAGGGAGAUUGGACUUGCCCCUUGAGCCCUAGGGAGUCAUGGACAGUAUUCGAGCUGGGAAAAGCCAUGUCAGACUCCCUGGUGGUGUGUGAGGUGGACCCAGAGCUAAAGGAAAAGCUGAGGAAAUUCCGCUUUCGAAAGGAGACAGACAAUGCGGCCAUAAUAAUGAAGGUGGACAAAGACCGACAGAUGGUUGUGCUGGAGGAAGAAUUUCAGAACAUUUCUCCAGAGGAACUAAAAAUGGAGUUGCCAGAGAGACAGCCCAGGUUCGUGGUUUACAGCUACAAGUACGAGCACGCAGAUGGCCGAGUAUCCUACCCCCUGUGUUUCAUCUUCUCCAGUCCUGUAGGCUGCAAGCCGGAACAACAGAUGAUGUAUGCAGGGAGUAAAAACAGACUGGUACAGACAGCAGAGCUCACAAAGGUAUUUGAAAUCCGUACCACUGAUGACCUCACCGAGGCCUGGCUCCGAGAGAAGUUGUCUUUCUUUCGUUGACCUCUGGGAUGGGGAUCUGAAUUCCUGAUGUCUGAGUUCCCAAAGGAACUGGGGACUCGGAUCCCUAGGACUUGAACAGUUGAGACCCUAAAUAAAUUAAAAUGCAAGAACUCAGAGAUCCUC